UAUCUGAAACAAGAGCGGAGCUAUCAGCAUGACUCAAAACCUUAGGAGUUCUGGGGACAAUUCAGAGUUAUGUCCGCGAUCUAUGUGUCGUAGUGGUGUUUGUGACAACGGUCCGUGGUAAAUACAGUGUAAAUAGGAGAAGCAACAUGGAUAGGCCUAGCACCAGCCGGCAAUCUUUGGAUAAGGUGGAGAUGUAUGAGGUUCGGGAGCAUGUGCCUUACCAGCAGGCGGAGGUGACGAGGGCCCCGACGACGUAUGACGAGGAGAGCGGGGCUGAAUACGACAGCUCCUCAUGGAAGUCUGCCUGGAGAGCCCUGUGCCAGCUCUUCAACCUGCUGCAUCACAUGAUGAGUGCGAUAGUGGUGUUCUGCCUGUGGCACUUCGCUCUCACGUCCAACGCGAAUGGACAGAUCACGAAUCUGCAACUCCACAUUGUCUUUGCCGGGACUGGUUACCAGCUGUUCCUGGUAGAAGCCGUGCUAACCCUGCACCGGCACAACUCCUGGUCCUUCAACCUGUCUGAAGACGGGAAGCGCAUCGUCCACGGCUGUCUGCAGGUCAUUGGAGCCAUCUUCGUCAUGGCCGGCACAUUCCUCGCCCUGUCUGAGACUAAGAUGACGGUUAACACUGCUCAUGGGAUCCUUGGUGUGAUCGCCUUCGCGUUCACUCUCCUAAGCUUCGUGACCGGCAUCAUCACUCUGUUCUCAUCGAAGGUCAAGCUGAUGGUGAAAGCCGGCCCGAUCAAGAUCUUCCACAUAGCCGUUGGCUUGUUCGCGCUAUCCGUCGGCCUGGUCUCCAUAGUUAUUGGAUUCCAUAUGGACUACUUCAGAGUUGGCCGAGAAGGGAUGUCUUCCGCACUGAUGGCGUUUGUUUUGUUCAUCCUGUUGUAUGUUCUGGUGCAGCCCUUGUGUGACCUGGUUUCCACGACUAAGAGAAUGUUGUGACUGGUUGAGAUUGAUGGGUCCACUGAUGGGGAUAGUGUAGCGUAAGUUUGUUUUAAGAUAUGGACGUAGAACCAAUGAACGAUAGGAAAUUGAAAUUUCAAAUUUGAGGUUUCAUGAUGAAUUCAAGAAUCCAAAAAGAAGAAAGGGAAAUAUUUCAAAUGAUUAAUCCAUUCAUCUAUAAACUCACGGGUUUUAAAUUAUUUGCUUUUGAAAAUACAAAAGCAGUGUGAUUCUGAAAAACAUUUAUAUUCGUACACGUAAAGGUUACGAAUAAAAAAUACAAGUUUGAUUCAGACGUAUUCCUGGUUACUCAUCUCCCAGUACUUUUGUACUUUCAUAAAAUAUUUAAGUAAUCACAUUUCUUAGUUUGUAAGUCGUUACAUAAUAAUUUCCAUUAAGUAUUAACUUUAAUUAUUAUUUUUAUAAUGAUGUAAAGUUAUUAAGUAGCCGAAUACGUAGUAUGUAUGUGUGUGUGGUUUUCAAUAAAAGUUUAUUGAUUUUUCA